CAGUCAGCCUGGGCAUGUCAGGGGUUGUUAGGUUUCGUCUGAAGUCUCUUAGGAAACAAAGCUAAUAGUAAGGAUUGUUAAGAGUGACAGUACGGAAGACCUGAGCUCAGUCUGCUCACAGUGGUACUAAGUGAAAAACAUCAGCAACUAAAUUUAACAGGAACCCAGGGGCAGGAGCCACAAUUUUUGCAGAGUAAAUACAUGGUACUGGUGGUGGAGAGCUUCAGAGGGCUGAUCCUGCCUCAGCUUUGGGGAUGCAGGCUACAAAAUUAAAUGAGUGUCUUGCACAGCUGCAAAGUGAAGUGCUAUGCAUGAAGGAAGCUGGCGAAGGCCUUCGUGAGCAGAUGCAGUGCAUGAUGAGAACUCUGCAUGACCUUAAGAAAGUGCAUGGCCGUAGGACUCGCCUGGAGCCCCAAGCAGUGAUGACUGAAGGCAGUGCGCAAGGCCACAGCCGACAACAGCAGUGCCGAAGCAUGAUCUCUGAUGUAUCAGAAUCGGACACUUAUGACUCUGCUUGCUGCCUCGCAACAGGUGAAGAGGAGGAUGAAAGCAGUCAGUCUGUUUUCACAUCACCAGUCAGUGAACGGAGCAUGGAAUUUGAUUCUGGAUUUUCAGAAGGAUCUGGAGGUUCAGUACAAGGGGAACGUGUGGUGAUGAGGAAUAAAAUGCAGUGCACAUCAAAUCACAAACUGUCAUCAGGUGGCUUCCUCCGAAGCAGGUACAAUCAAACCGCUAACAGGAAAGUCCGACCAAAGUCCACGUCUGAUGCUUGCUUAGACCAGUGGAGAAUUAUAAAUGAUUCUGACACGUAUGACUGGACUGUGGCAUUGCUGUCUCAAGGAAGGAACAGGCAGCCUUUGGUUCUUGGGGACAAUUGUUUUGCAGACCUUGUGGAGAACUGGAUGGACCUGCCUGACAUGGGGGAGGACUGUGAGAGACUGAAGCCUCAGCAGGAGCAGACUAACCGCUGGCUAGGUAAGCCACAUGAGUUCCUACUAAACCUCUCCAGUAAUGUCCGACGCAAGUUAGCUAAUAUCUCUCGCUUUCACCGGUCAAGGAGUGCAGAUGUCAAACAUUCUGCAGUCCGGGACUGUAGUCGCAUGCAGACAUUUUCCAAACGACUCUCUUGCCCUGUUGCUCUUGAUGCGAACUGCAGACCCAGGGGACCUUAUUUCCAUCAGUCAUAUUCUAAUAUCUCUGAACUGUCUACAGACUUCAAUAAAUUUGCUGCUUUAAUGAAUUGCCGAAGUCGACAGCCUAUCAUUUGCAAUGACAUCAUUGGCUACAUAUAGCACCGGACAUGGUUACAACCUCCUCCUAGUAUACUAUAGAGAUUCUCCUGCAGAUAUACGUCAUGUCACUUUAUUUUAUACCAAACUUUUGUAUAUUUUUAUCCUAAUAUCUAUUUUUGAGUUUUAUAAUAAAUUUGAGAAACUACAAGUUUUUAAAACAG